UAGUAUAAGUCUAUGGCGUGUAUCAUGAUGCAUAGACCAUUUCUGAAACUCUGAAUUUAUCUUCUUUUCUCUUCAUUUUUCUCCUAUUUUCCAGGAACCCUCAAGGCUGAACCCAGGCAGAUACAAUGGAAUGGAGCACCCUGGAAGUCAAAGUAAUUUCCUGCAAUGAUCUCAAAGCCUUUAACUUCUUCCAGAAGCUAUCUGUGUAUGCAGUAGUCUCCAUCGUUGAUGGCGAAUUGAAGAAGAAGAAGCAGCAGCAGAAGUGUCUGCAGCGACAAAAGACUCCAAUAGACAGAGAGGGAGGUUCAAAUCCUGAAUGGAAUCACCUGUUGCAGAUCAAUCUGAAAGCUCUUAGUGAUGAUUUCUGCCAUCUUUUUGUCAGCUUUGAUUUGCAUUGUGAAGGUGUUGUUUAUGGCAACAAAUCUAUUGGGAAAGUUCGAGUUCCUUUGCCUGAUUUGAUCGAUGAAUUCAAUGGAGCUGUGAGGUUUGUCAGGUAUCAAAUUCGCAGCAACGAUGGAAAGCCCAAUGGGGUUCUGAAUUUUUCUUACAAAGUUAACGGGAACAAGAUCAUUGAGAAGGGUUCUCCUGAAGUAAUAUUACCACCAGAAGUUGAUCAUUCUUCACUGGAAGACGUCCAAAAGUCAGAUAAAAUUAGUUAUCCUUCUCUGGAUUAUGUUCAGGUUCAAUCUCCUUUGCCAAAGCAUGAGUAUAGAUCAACAGCACCACCAGUAUUAUCACCACAAGAAGUUAGGAUGUCAAAUGGGUCAUUUUAUUAUCCAUACAUACAAGCUCGAGGGCCAUGCUACACGUUUGAGUCAAGUUAUGGUUAUUCUAUGUAUGGUGGAUUUACAAACAGUAGCAGGUGAACUUUAGACCAUAAUCUGAUGGUUAAUUCGAGAGUAACAUUUUCGCUGAAUGUAUUAGUGAUUGAGUUGUGUAGUUUGCAGUGCCAUGAAAAUGUAUGAUUAGCAUUAUAGCUUAUAAAACUGUGUUUAAUGGAUAGAAUGCAUUCAUUUUUUUCAA